AUGUCAAGCAUCGAGGAUCCAAAGCAACUUUCCCUCCGAACAGCCCAAACCUCGCAUAAUGCUCUAGGUAUCAACGCUCCGCCGUCGCCAGCAUACAAGUCAGCUCCGGCAGACUCGUCCGUGCACUAUACCUGCUUCAUUCGGCUGCCAUUUCCCAGAGGAGAUUUUGUAGAUCCGCCACAGGUUGAUUGGAACUCGACUAAAGAUCGUGCAUUAUGGAAAAUCAUCUCCAAGGCUUCUAACAGCAAAGAGCUAGAUUGGGAAGAUUUGUCCGCAAAGUUCGAGGUUUCUCUAGCCUUUCUACUUCAGCAGGCAGCAUGGCUGUAUGAACGCCACUUUGCACAGAUGAAGGCGCAGAUGAAGAAACUCAGUCCUUCAGCUUGUCCGUCCCCUCUUCCACCUGACUCUACUGGCAAUGUUGCCAUAAGUAGCAAUGCAACCGCUUUCGCAGUCGGUAGCCAAGGUCAAAGAGCACCAUCUGCUCUUUCAGCCCGCAUAAGAGACAGUCCUACACCAACUAUGGGAUCAGGUGGUUCAGGAGUGUUUCGCCAGCCUAACAUGCUGCCCACACUCUCCACAGCUAACCAACAACCAAAGACUGAAGGCCUCUCUCGUACACCAUCCACAAGAACACUGACACAAAGCCGUACCGGACCACCUGCCAGUCCAGCACAACCAACCAACAGGACUUUCAACACAGCCUUUGGAAACCACAGAAAGCCUGUAUCACCGCAGCGCGAGAUCUCAGAGCCAGACUCGGAUCCACUUCAGGAGUCAGAAUCAGAUUCUUCUUCGGAAGGGGAGAGUCAGAGUAUGGCGCGCAGUCAAGCCUUCAGAAGACCGACUCACUAUAACAAAGGCAAGUACGGCUAUGAUGAUGAAGACGAAGACGAGGAUGGCGAGUCGUCUGGCGGAUUCUUGCCAUUCGCUACUACGGCUACUGGAAGUGCUGAUCCAGCUGCAACGCUGAAAUCACCGGUCAAGAGAGCGCAUGAGCAAAGGGCUAUUGCUCCUGACUCUUCUGCAUCUUCGGCAAGCUCUGUAGCAGCUACUCAAUCUACAACCGGCGCUGGCAAACAGAGAGAAGUCAAUCGAGGAGACUAUGCACAUGCUUCUCCGGCCAGUGCGUUGAGUCCUAGACAUCGCGAAGAACUUUCCAAACUCAGCCCGAGAGUCCGUAGAGAGGGCAGUGAGGGUACACCGAGUAUGGGAAGCUCCUUCAGCGAUCUUGAUGAUGCCAGUAUAUCCCAGUCGGCCAUAGAAGAGGCGUUCAUGAGCCACAUGCAACACGGCUCUACAACGAGCAGGAUGAGUUCCAUCAGCCAAGCACUAAGGAGCAAGUAUCUGUGA